AUGGUAAAAGAGUUAACAAUAGAGAUUCUAGCUUUGGUAGAUCCUGUUGUUGAUAAGUUGAAACGUCACCAAUUAUCAGGAGAUAAGACCAUAGCUUUAGAAAUCUCCCAAUUAUUGAUGAGAGUCAUCUCGGCUGCAAGAUGGAAUAGUCCUUUUGAAUUAAUUCAAAUCAUCAGACAAGUUGGUAAAACUUUGAAUACUGCACAACCAAAAGAAAUAAUUACUGGUAAUAUAGUAAGGAGAGUUUUGGCUAUAAUAAGAGAUGAAGUUGAAGAAGAAGAUCAAGAUAAAGAUCAAACCAUGAUGAAUUCGAUAUUUAGUUUAUUAUCAACUCAAAAACCUGAUAAAAAAAUUUACCAACAACUGAAAAAGCAAAGUAGUGAUUUCAGAAGUAUCAUCAUUCAAGGUAUAAGAGAUUUGGUUGAUGAAAUUACUAAUGUUAACGAAGGUUUGGAAAAUAUGGCUGUUGAUUUAAUUCAUGAUAAUGAAAUUUUAUUAACUCCUACACCAAAUUCUGAUACUGUGUUAAAGUUUUUAUUAAAAGCCAGAUCUAAGAGAAAGUUCACUGUUUUAGUUACUGAAAAUUAUCCCAACGGUAUUGAACAAGCUCACAAAUUCGUUAAAACUUUAGCUGAUCAUAAAAUUGAAACAGUUUUAAUUCCUGAUACUACUGUUUUCGCUGUUAUGUCAAGAGUGGGGAAAGUCAUUAUUGGAUCAAAUGCUGUUUUUGCCAAUGGUGGAUGUUUAUCCAACUCUGGUGUAUCAAGUGUAGUGGAAUGUGCCAAAGAAAAUAAAACUCCUGUUUUCGCUGUAGCAGGAUUAUUCAAAUUAUCACCAUUAUAUCCAUUCAAUAGAGAUGAUUUAAUUGAAGUGGGUGAUUCCGGUAAAAUUCUUAAUUAUUCUGAUUUCAAAUUAGUUGAUAAUGUUGAUCUUGUAUCAAAUCCUUUAAAUGAUUAUAUACCUCCAGAACAUAUCGAUAUUUAUAUAACCAAUAUCGGAGGUUUUGCUCCAUCAUUCAUCUAUAGAAUUGUAUUAGACAAUUACAAACCUGAAGAUACUCAUUUAGAUUAA